AUGGAUGUUGCCAAUAAAUCAAUGGUGUCAGAAUUUGUUUUGCUGGGCCUCUCUAAUUCCUGGAAGCUACAGACAUUUUUCUUCAUAGUGUUUUCAUUGUUUUAUGUGGUUACAAUGGUAGGCAAUAGUCUCAUAGUCAUCACAGUUAUAGUUGACUGUCAUCUACAUUCCCCCAUGUAUUUCUUGCUUACAAAUCUUUCACUCAUUGAUAUGUCUCUUGCUUCCUUUGCCACUCCCAAGAUGAUUACAGAUUACCUCACUGGACAUAAAACUAUCUCUUAUGAUGGUUGCAUAACCCAGAUAUUUUUCUUACAUCUUUUUACUGGUACUGAGAUAAUUUUACUCAUGGCUAUGUCCUUUGACAGGUAUCUUGCAAUAUGCAAGCCUCUUACUUAUGCUUCAAUCAUAAGUCCCCAAGUGUGUGUUAUUCUUGUGGUGCUUUCUUGGGCUGUGGGAGUCAUGCAUUCAAUGAGCCAGGUUAUAUUUGCACUGACCUUACCAUUCUGUGGUCCCAAUAAGAUAGAUAGCUUUUUCUGUGAUCUCCCUGUGGUGUUUCAAUUGGCAUGUGUAAAUACUAAUGUUGUGGGUCUCUUUAUGAUCUCAACAAGUGGCAUCAUUGCCUUGUCCUGCUUUAUUCUUUUAUUCAAUUCUUAUGUUAUCAUCCUGGUUACUAUCAAACAUCAUUCGUCAGGAGGAUCAUCCAAGGCCCUUUCCACUUGCACAGCUCAUUUCAUUGUUGUCUUCAUGUUCUUUGGACCGUGCAUCUUCAUCUACAUGUGGCCACUGAGCAACUUUCUGGUGGACAAAAUCCUGUCAGUGUUUUAUACUAUCUUUACUCCUGUUCUGAACCCAAUAAUCUAUACCUUGAGGAAUAAAGAAGUUAAGAGAGCCAUAAGGAAACUGAAGAAUAGGUUUGCAAAUUCUAAUAAGGCAACUUCUCACCAUUAUUCUUAA